GUUUCGCUUCUUGCUGUAAAAGGUUUCGUGUUCGACAUAAAAUCAUUAAUAGGAAUAUAAGAUGCCUGACAUUUUUUCCAGUGAAUUACCCGUGUGGUUGAAUAAGAGUUUCUUUGAAAAAGUUCUUCGAACAUCUUCUGGCGACAAGAAUCUGACGAUUGCAGAUUUCAGUGUUGCUGCUUCAGCAAACACCGGUGAACAAUACGCGUCAACGAUAUUCAAGGCCACGGUCAAGUAUGCCAACAAAUUCCAAUCCGAUGCUGUUACUAAGCUUUUUGUUAAGCUUGUCGUUCCCAAGGUUAAUGCAUUUUCGGACGAGAACUCUUUUGACACUGAGUUGAAUAUGUACAUUAACACGCUGCCAGAUAUGCAGAGACUGUUGAGUAUGACCGAAAAGAAGGUUGAACUUGCACCAAGAUUACUUUAUUCGGUGAAAGAGCCCGUGCCUGUGCUUGUAUUUGAAGAUGCUACAACUAAUGGUUAUGGCUUGUCUUCUGGACCAUUGAAUUUUGAAGGCACAAAAUUUGUAGCAACAAAACUUGCAAAGUUUCACGCUGCUUCGGUCUACCUCAAUCAUGACGGAAAAGGUGUCCAAUAUUAUCAAAAUGGAUUGUUCAAUUUGAAAUCACGUGAUGGAGUUAACUUCAUGAAGAACAAUAUGAGUUUGUUUGUUGAUGAAAUUAAAACAUGGGAAGGCUUUGAUAUGAUAACUGAAAAAGUUACAAAAUUAAUUGACAAGUUUGAAGCUUCUGGUAAUCAAAUUUAUCAGACAAAUGCUGCUGGUGAAGGUUUCAAUGUUUUGAAUCAUGGAGAUUUCCAUAUUAACAACAUGGUUUUCAAGAAAGAUUCAGAAGGAAAACUUUCCGAUGUUCUUUUCCUUGAUUUUCAAUUAUCAAAGUGGGGAUCACCAACCAUCGAUUUAUUUUAUCUUUUAUAUUUGGUUGCAUCACAAGAAGCUCGAGAGAAUCAUCGCGAUGAAAUUAUUCUUCACUAUCAUCAAGCACUUGUAAAAGCUUUGAAGGAUAUUGGCUACAUGACAAAACCUCCAACAUUACUUGACCUAAAUGUGCAACUUUUAAAGAAUGGAUUUAUGGAGGUCGUCAUCGCUAUUUGUUUUCUUCCAUUCCUCAAUCUCGACCCACACACUCAAGAUGUUGAAGUUGCAUUUGAGAAUGGUGUCGAAGGAGUUAAUUUAAGGAAAACACUUUAUCGACAUCCAAAAUACAAGGAAAUGAUUUCAAAAUUAAUCUCUGACUUUCUCUACAAAGGUCAUUUAAAUUAGAAUGUGAACAGUUAAUAAAUUCACAAAUUUAUGAAGUUUUGAAGAAGAAAUAUAUGAUUUACAUAAAGUGAAUGUUAGAUUAAACGA